GUGAAGGAAAAAAAAUCUUCGUCAAAACGUGACUAGUCAGUCAUACGAAAUUCUGACACAGAGGUGAAAAAAGCCAUCUUACCGUUAAAGAAACCAAGAGCGAAGAGAGCUCACUGGAACUGGAUAGGAAAAUGGCCGUACAGUCUUGCUCAAUUCCCCUUCUCUCAUCUCUUUCCUUACCCAAAUUUAGCCCUAAUUCUUCAGAAGCUUCAACUAGGGUUUCCAUUCCUUCCAGAAGGUUCUCAUCAUCAUCAUGGAGAUUGAACGCGACGGGUUUUUCUGAAAUUGAGCCUGAUCUCAACGAAGACCCAGUCGAUCGUUGGGCCACCAACAGUGUCAGCGCGGAAGAUUUUGUGUAUGGAGUUUAUGAUGGGCAUCAUACUUUCCAUGAAGGCGAGGACAACAAAGGAACUUUUUGGGAAGCACUAUCAUCAGAAAUUGCAUCAGUAGACCCACCAACUGGUUUCCAAGGGCUUAUUUCGUGGCUGUUUCUUCCAGCAGCUGCAGCUGGGAUGUACUUCAAUGCUCCUGGGGAGUACUUGUUCAUUGGGGCAGGUUUAUUUACAGUGGUGUUUUGCAUCAUUGAGAUGGAUAAGCCAGAUAAACCCCACCACUUUGAGCCUCAAAUUUACAAUAUGGAGAGAGGAGCUCGUGACAAGUUAAUUUCUGACUACAAUACAAUGGACAUUUGGGAUUUCAAUGAGAAAUAUGGAGACCUUUGGGAUUUCACCAUCAAGAAGGAUACUACAACAAUAAAAAAUAGAUGAGAUCCAUACAAUCUAAUGAAUAUUCUUAGCCAGCAAAAACAUGAAAGGUAUACAUAAUAUAUUUGAUUGUCUGUCCAUUCUCUCUUUUUUUUACUAUUAUUUUUCGGCUACCUUAAGAUGAGCUGUUUUGUUUAUACACCAGACCAAGUAGUUGUAAAUUUAUAUGUAUCAAAGGCAUGUGGUUACAACAAA